UAAGGAAAAAGAUUCGUAGAAGUCGUGCGAGGACCCCAACGAGACAUAUAAUCUGAGGCGCAGAGAGACAGAGAGAGAGAGAGAGAGAGCUCUUACGGCUGAGUGGACAAAGCCCAAUUCGUAUUUUCAUGGCAGCCACAGCUCGAGCUUUCAUUCUCUCUCGCGUAACGGACCUUUCGCUCAGGCCACGUCAGCCCCCCCAACCACCACCCCCUCCACUUUCGCGCCACCUCGUCAUCGCCCGCCCUCUUCUCCCUUCCUUGCAACGAUGUCGUCUCGCCAGGUCGGCCGCCACCGUCAGCUGCCUCAUCUCCGGUGUCGACGGGGGAGGUGUGUCCGAUGACUUUGUUUCGACGAGGAAGUCUGAUUUCGACCGCGGCUUCUCCGUAAUUGCCAAUAUGCUCAAGCGAAUCGAACCUCUUGACACGUGCGUUAUCUCCAAGGGCGUUUCUGAUUGCGCCAAGGACUCUAUGAAGCAGACCAUCUCAACUAUGCUUGGGUUGCUACCAUCCGAUCAGUUUUCAGUCACUGUUAGGGUUUCUAAAGGACCUCUGGAUCGCCUCCUCGUGUCAUCCAUCAUCACCGGGUAUACGCUGUGGAACGCCGAGUAUCGCGUAUCGUUGAUGAGGAACUUCGAUAUGUCCAACGAAAAUUCGAAGCUUGUGAAUGAAUCAAAGCAGGAUGGGGUUUCUGAAGUGCUUGAAAACGAGGAGAAGGAUGAAAUUGGUAGUGGGGCGAGUUCCCAAGAACUGGAGGUAAUGAGUCCUAAGCUUUUUGGGGAUCUAUCUCCAGAGGCUUUGAAUUAUAUUCAACAGUUGCAAUCGGAGUUGUCCAAUGCAAAGCAGGAACUGAAUGUGCGAAAGAAGGAAAGUAUGCAAAUAGAGCAUGGCAGAGAGCAUAGGAAUGAUUUGCUGGAUUAUUUACGAUCUUUGGAUUCGUAUAUGGUGACAGAACUAUCUCGGCCAUCGUCAUUAGAGGUGGAGGAUAUUAUACAUCAGCUUGUUCGGAACAUAUUGCAAAGAUUCUUCAAAGAAGAUACAACUUUCGUGGAAGAAUCCACCACAGGGAAUAAAGAGGGUACCCCAGACGACGACAAUGAAUUCUGUGAAACCAUAGGCACCUCACGUGAUUACCUAGCAAAGCUGCUUUUCUGGUGUAUGCUACUGGGUCACCAUUUGAGAGGCUUGGAAAACAGAUUGCAUUUGAGUUGUGUUGUUGGCUUGUUGUAAAGAGAGGGAAGUGUGUGUACAUUCUUUUUCUCUUUUCUCUUUUUUCAUUUUGUUUCUCUUCCCCUGUUUAUCGAUAUUACUAUUUAUUUUUAAUCAAGUCAAAACGAUUUUGAGAUUUUCAAGUUA